CAGUCGCGUCAACGGUUUGCAGCGAGGAUGCUCUCAGUUAUCAGCAAGUAACAAUCAGGCCAGGGUCUGUGUAUUCUCCUCUGCUUUGGGAGCCCAAAUGGACAGCAGUGUGCAUGCAUCUUCUUCGGCUCGUUACGGAUGCUAGCUCCGAUGUGGGGAUGGACACUUGAUUUUUUUUGUGUGUGUGUUUUUUUUUUUUUACAAAAAAAAUGGAAUGACAAUUCGAGUUUAAAAAUGCUUUAUUGUUCAGAAUGUGAUUCACCUUUUUUUCGUGGUGGGGAAAAAGCUGCAAGGAGAAGCGCACUUCAUUUCGCCGUGUUAUUAACGCAGGGGCUGUUCUAAUAAAAAGCAGCGCCUGGGUGGUUUAAUUAUAAUCUACACAUAAUUAUUAACAGCGGAUUAGGAAAGAGCUCAAAUCAAGAAAAAAAAAUGCAGUCGCAGCCUUAAUUAAAUUAAGAAAAAAAGGACAACACUAGAUUUUGGACCUCAUCACCAACACUCGGAUGCCAUUUAUCUUGAGUCGCAACGCCAUAUUCUGUGUUAAUUACAAGAAUACAACUGCAAACAGUAACUUCAUUCUAACUUUUUACUUGAACUGAACUGAUAUGGUUAAGCACUGGUGAUUUAUUUGUAUGAUUUAUUUAUUUGGAAUUGUAUGCAAAGAAGAUUAUAUAUUUAAGUCCAGAAAGGUACAUUUGAUAUAAUUCAAAGUUGAAACUCGAAAUUUAAAAUAUAAAUAAACGACAGGAGGCAAAUUAAGAUGAUAUAAUUUUAAAUACAUCAGUUCGCUGGACUUUUUUUUUCAAACUGAGUUUGAACUAAGCAGACCCCACAAAUUUAAACAUUAAUCAGAAGAAAAACAGAAAUUUUCAGUGACCCUUUCCUACCAUCAGCUGGGGGGGUUUGAAGACGUGUGAUGAUAUAAAAGUCGACAAAAAAGAAAUGGUAUAUAUGUUUUUCUACCACUUAUAUGAAUGAGUACAUUAUAAAGGGAACACUUCCAGUUAUGCCGUUUUGAUACAGUGCGACUUUUGUAAAAGAGACGUUUCACAGUACACAGGAAAGCAUCUCUACUGCUGUUUCUAUUUGCUCUGGACCUGAGCUAUUUUUCCCCCAUAGAAAUGUAAUAAAUCAACGCUAGGUGCUGCUGCCAUUUGGGGAUCACGUGUCGGGUUCAUUGAUGCUCAGUGCUGGGUGCUCGAGAGAGAGGACCACCACGGAUGAGAUCAGAGACAAUUCUAAUGUUUAUGAAGGCUGUUAAUGGAGAAGAGGUCGAAUGACAGCCGGGACGGUGGUUAUCACAGGCGGAAUUUUAGCAACAGUCAUCCUACUGUGUAUCAUAGCAGUGCUGUGUUACUGUAGGCUACAGUAUUACUGCUGUAAGAAGAAGGAGGAGUCGGAGGAGGAUGAGGAGGAGCCAGACUUUGCCAUGCACUCCCAUCUCCCGCCUGUCCACUGCAACCAUAAUGUAGUGGCAGCCGCCAAUGGGCCAGCUAUCUUCACCCCUCCCCUGGCCAGGAAACUCACCCGCUCCCAGACUUACUGCCCCAGCUGCACGCACUCCGAGUUGCCCUUCUACCUGCAGCACCCUGAGGAACUGCGCAACGGCGGCGACCGCGUCAGCUACAGGACUGUCCAACAGGAGGACCUGGACUUGCCUAUGGACCUAGCCAGCUUCCGCAAGCUCAAUCUGACCCGUUCUGUCACAAUGAAGGAGGUCUUCACUCACAGCAGGAGCAUCAGCACCGAUGUGUAGCUGGGAAGACCAUGGACUCUGGAACAGGGGACUAUUUCCGCAUACAGACACACACCCACACUCACACACACAGAGACACACCUAUGUGCACACGCUAACCAGCUUUUGAAUUUUGUAUGACUAUUUUCCAGAGUUCCACCGAGUUCAAUUGAAACCUGUAACUGUCCAAGGAAAAGUUGGCUUCUUCCUUUUCUUGCAGGACAAGGAUUUUUCUCUGUGUCUCCGAGAGAAAGAGAAAUUCCUUCCAGGGCUCCCCCAGUCAUCCAUUUUGAAUCUUUCACCUCCUAAACACUUUUAUGGCCUCCUCUUGUCUUUUCCUUUGCUGCUAAAAUAGUCUCAGGAGAUAAAAGGAGAACAAGGGUUUGCUAAUAGAAAUCUGAUUCUCAGAUUGAAAUGUUUCAGCUAGUGUGAGCUUCACCUCCCCUCAAUAUGUCCACCUAAAACUGUCUUAUUUCAUAGAACACAGUUCACUAAUGAAAGCAGUUAUUCAUUUGUACAAAACAUUCAGUGGAAAUGGGAUAUUGAUGCCAUUUUGCUUUUUUGUGGAUCGAUAAUUGUGUCAAACAUGGUUGGAGGAUAAGGGGUUAAAUUCUCAUCUAAGUCCUCACCCUUUCUUCUAUCGGCACAUUCUUGAUCUUCCUUGUCACUCCUGCAUGUCUUUUCUUUCCCUUGCAUAUUCCUCAGCAUCAAAUAGGAGCAAAGAGCCUUCUUCUCUGGGCACUAAACAGUGAAUGAAGCCAAUGAAUGUAUUUGCUGUUAUCACUAUUGAGAGAAUCUUAUAAGGGAUGGCUGUGCUACACUCCAUCAAGCAUUACUAUUGUAUGGGUUUUUUUAAGACUUGGGGUAGUGCAUUUAAUGUUUUAUUUCUUUUUAUAAGGAAAAAAACAAAAGGGCAGAUUUUAAUCGUGUGCAUUGUUUUAUAUGGAUUAUGGAACUAGUGAACUUGUAUAUCAAUUUUUGGCUUCUCUGUGAAAAGGACUGGAGUGGUUCCGAUUUGAAGGCAAUGUCAUCAACAUACGAGACGAUGUCAUUGUGUACAGCCACCGUUUUCUACUUAGUGUUUGAAUAGCAGUUGCUAUUACACAGCAAAGAGGCUAGUACUGGAGCUGAUUCAUUAUUUUCUGUUUUCUUUCAAAUGCAACUGUUGCAUUUGCUUUAGCAGACCACACAGUAAUAUUAUAAUGCAGGUUCCUUUUAAUGUCAGUAAAUCAUAGGGAGAAAGUAUAUACAUUUGGCUUUUCUUUCUUUUUAUUUCUUCGGUUUUCUUGGGUGUUUCUUUGUAUUGAUGUUCGUGUUCUUGGACAGUUCAAAGCCUUUUCUUUUAUGUAUCUCGCCAUUUCAUGCUAUCAGUAAAUGCAGAAAUGUUACUGAAAUGGUUGGAAUUUAGAAGAGUAAAUGAACACAAUGUUGAUAAUAAAAUGCAGUGAAAAUCAAAUGUGGAUCAAAGGGUAGAUGUUCUUUUACAGAAUGUUUCAUUCCAGCAGCAUGUUGUGUGCAUUUCCAGAACCCUGCUGGCUGGUCUUCAUAAUGUAAGUGAUGUUCUGAGCUUUGAAAAACAUGGGAAUCUGAUGGGAUGCAAUGCUCCUGGGCUACACAGAAUGUUACAGUGUGUACCACAGUGUGGUAAGUGACCAGGAAUAAUCCCAGGGUUUAAAGGAAGUUGAAGGAACUUAAUUUAUUUACCCUAGAACAAAAAUAAUAAGGGGGGACAUGAUUGAAAGGAGUUGACAAAGUUAACCCUAACCAAUACUUUUAAUCACAACACAGAAACCAGGACCAAAAGACACAGUUGGAAAUUAAAUGGAGACCGACAGAGGGUAGGAGGCUAUGGAAUAGGUUACAUAACCAUGUUGUUGAUGCUGAAUCAUUGAGAUCCUAAGACUUGACUUGACAAAAGUUGGAGAUCAAUCAACUACAAGGAGCCAGACGAGCAUUGAUGGACCAAAUGGCUUCCACUCAUCAAUACAUUUUCUGAUGGUCUUAUGUCCUCCUGAUCUGCAAGCGGUCGACUAGGGUCCCACAGGGUCUCAUAAAUGUUGGUCUUAACCAGUUACAAAUGUAUAGCCCCUAACCAUAGCCGAAUCCUAUAUAGGUGUAAUUUGAAUUAUCUAAGAUAAGUUUCUCCCCUCACUUAGGGGGAAAAUGCAAUAUAAAAACAGCACAUGCAUUAUUUCCCUAGACUAUUGAGACAUAGGCAGUUUAGAAACACCAAAUUCUGUCCUCAUUGUAAUGGGAAUGUGACGUAGCAUAGACAUACCACGUGCAUUCCUCAUGCUAUAGGAAGUGUGCGGCCAAACCAUGCUACACUUACUUGCUCUAAAAAGAUGUGCAAAUUGAAGCUAUUUUUGGUUUGCAUGGAAACCUUUCCAAAAGCCGUACCUUAUGCUAACAAGACUUCAGUGAAGAUCCCGUUUGUGACAUAACCUUGAGCAACUUUCAGCUAAAGUAGCCCUGACAAGCUCUUUGACCAAAUGUGAAAAAUAAGCAUACAGUACGAGGAGUUUAGUGACCUCUUCAUUCAGUAUUUCUUUUUUAUGUGACAAUGUUUAUAUUUACGCAGUAAAAUCAUGGAAUUGAGGUCCCUACAUUAUCGUCAUAGCGUAUUGCCAUUUGACUCAUAAAAUGAUAGUGCUUUAUAGUUUAGUUGUUUUAUAAGCAAGGUUAUAAAAAAAUACUGAAAUGCAGCCCUUCCCAAUAAAUAAAUAACAAAGCCCUAUGCAAAGCACCGAAAGAUUUUGUUUCAUUGUAAUCUUCGUGUUUGGUCAUUGGAUAGGUAAUUGCUUUAAAGGGUACAUCAGCACUACAUGAAAUGUAAAACAUAAACUAUCCCACCUUGCUGUUCCGAAUGUAUUUGGUAAUUGUAUAAUAAUCCGUAUGCGCCCAAACAUCUGCAUAAUGCCACACUGCUAUGUCCAAAAUCACUGUUCUCGAGCAUCUCUUCUGAGCCAAAAAACAUGACUUCCACAUGUACCCUCACAUGUGCUCUGAAACGUACUGGCGGGUGCCCAAUGAAGCGUUGUAUUACCUCCGUGUGAAAACACACUAGUCUGUGUGACAAACAUGGUCUGUCUAAUUUUCCAUAAGGAACUUGUACCUGUUUUUGUUUUUCACACUGUACAUGUUUCCUUCACAUGUUGUAUUUUGAUGUAUUAUUAUGAUUAAUGUUGCAUUCAAUUUAAAAAAUGUCUGUCUGUGCUGUGUAAGUGGUUGCGGGGAAAAGAAAACCCAAGACAGAGUCGUUCUCAUUUCCAGCUAAUGAAGGGACCUGCCCACAAUUAUAGCAGCACUGUGUUAUUUCAAUAUACUUCCCCAAAGUCUUAGAUUAUUAUUAUUUAUUUCUUAGCAGACACCCUUAUCCAGGGCGACUUACAAUUGUUACAAGAUAUCACAUUAUUUUUACAUACAAUUACCCAUUUAUACAGUUGGGUUUUUACUGGAGCAAUCUAGGUAAAGCACCUUGCUCAGGGGUACAGCAGCAGUGUCCCCCACCUGGGAUUGAACCCACGACCCUCUGGUCAAGAGUCCAGAGCCCUAACCACUCCUCCACACUGCUGCCCUUAGCUAUAGCUCCAGCUGAUUCGGAGUGUUUGCAGAAUGGAUAUGUAUCACAUAAACUAGCUAAUGAGAUUUGGAAAUGAUGUAUUUACUUGCAGAAUGAGAUCUUUGAGGAUGAUCCGAUAAAUAUUGCAUUUUUUUCAUCCUUCGUAUUUGGUUUUCAUUUGCAUUUCCUGACACAACACAUGCACAAUCAUCUACACACCAUUGAGUGGGAAAGUCAAAUUCACCCACAAAUUCCAUCUCCCUAUCAGUUUUUGAACAAUCUGAUGUUGGAAAUAUUGUCUGGCAUUAUUUCGGACAUUCCCUGUGUAUAGUCACACUGUGUUGCUGAAGAAAAUUCGAAUUUAAACUGUUAAUGACAUAACUUCGAUAUGGCAGUGGAACGGUAUGUCUUUCUAUCUUAAUUGUAAAUAUUUGACAGAAAAUGGUGAUGCUUUAGUUGGUAAACUUACAUGGAACGCAUUGCUGGAAAUGUCGAGUGUGAUUUUUGACGCGUCUCCCGAUGGCUUGCACCACCCAGUUCUGUCAAUUUUCUUUUUUUUUAUGAUUUCAAGGUGAAUAAACCUGGCUUGUUUUUUGCUGAUGUCAUGUUCAUACCUUCUGUAGAUACUAUUUCCGUCAGCACAGCGAUUGCCCAAACGUUCACAAAGUACCAGCUAACUUGGGAAAAUGUGGCUUCGACUUGCACAGAUUCUGCUUUAUCAUACAUGCCAGGGACAUUAUUAAUCAGAAACCAGAACUGCUACUCAUCAUAUUCCACAUGUAAAGUGUAGAUACUGAGAUUUUUUCCCCCGAUUUUUACCGAUGUUUCAAUUAAAAACUAUUUUUUACUGAUUUUAGACCAUUGUAUGGGUGCAAUCUGCCUCUUGCAUCUUUAUGCAAAAGGACAUGCUGAUGGGGACAAACGGCUAAAAAAAGCUAUUUACUACAUAUCGUCAUUAACGCAAUUUUUGUCCGAAAGGAAAAAACACCAUGUACAGUUCUAAAAUGAACAGGACACAACUUGAGACUACUCCUAUGCCUUUACCUUAAAUAUCUGAGGGUUUUUUUUUUAGGUUUGGUAUUGAGUGCAUUUUGACUUUAUUAAAAUUGAGUUAAUGACGACUUGGAGUUAAUAGUUUUGAGACUCUAGCCCAAAGUCUUCCUGGGACUCGAGUUUCUAUUGUUGUCCUGCCUGAGCUAACCUGGAGGAGUGAUGAGCUCUAAAGCACACCAGAAACAAGAGAUCCUUGGUCUUGAUAGGACUAUUCUCAAUUGGAAGUUAUGUUGGACAGUAAAUACAUUUUUUCCCUUAAUAAUUUCUAUAGAUUCUCAAAGCUUUUUACUCCAAAUCAUUGUUGUCACAAGGUAAACAGCAAUUCAAAUUCUAAAAUAAAUAACAAUACAAUUUCUGGUUUUGUAACUUUGUUGGAUGUAUGAGAAAAAAGAUGCUAAUGUCGAUGGGCUGGUGUCUAUGGAUAAUGUGGUUUGAGAUUCAUAAACUUUUUAA